AUGCUACAAUCAACAAUAGCAACCGAUCCAGAUGGUGGCGGCCAUCUUAUGAAAUUGUCAAUAGGAACCCCGCCGUUCGAUAUAUAUGUAAUUGCUGAUACAAGCAGCACUCUACUAUGGAUCCAAUGCCAGCCAUGUAAAAGUUGCUUCAAGACAAAACAGGCCAUAUUCGACCCGGAAAAAUCCUCAACUUAUGGGAACAUUACUUGUUCUGAAAGCGAGUGCAGACUUGUCGACGAGGACUCACCUCAAAACUAUUGCAAAGACAAUCCUCAAGCUACUUGCAUGUACCAUUACCGGUAUGUAGAUAAGUCGUACAGUAUAGGUGAAGUGGCUAAAGAAGCAAUUACCUUGAAGUCUACGUCAGGUACUGAUGUAAUCUUAAAAGAUAUUGUCAUUGGGUGUGGGCAAAACAACAGUGAUAAACGAGCAGGAGAGUAUCAAAUGGGAAGAGUUGGGCUUGGACACGGGCCCUUGUCAUUUAUUUCUCAAAUCAGUCCUUAUGUUGGAGGCAAAAGAUUCUCGUAUUGCUUAGUGCCCCUUGAUACUGAUCCGAAAAUCGAAAGCAAUAUCAAUUUUGGAAAUGGGAGUGAAGUUUCGGGUAAAGGUGUGGUGUCAACACCUUUGUUCGAUAUUGAAAAAUCCAUGAAUAAGUAUUAUGUGACGGUGCGAGGAAUUACAAUCGGAAAUGAAUUUCUUCCUUUUAACCCAACAGAGACAUUGCUCGAGGAAGGGAAUAUGUUGAUCGACUCGGGCUCAACUUUAUCAUAUUUACCUCAAGAGUUCUAUGACCGGGUGGUGAAUAAGCUGGUAAAAACACUUGAUCCAAAAUUGGAGCUAAUCAAUUAUGUUGACUCGAAAAAUACAACUAGCCUUUGCAUCAGCGCCACGACGAUUUCAAAAGCACCAAAUAUGGCUGUGCAUUUCGACGGCGGUGGAAAACUACAGUUAACGACGGAACGAUAUUUAUUUAGAUUAGAAGAGGAAAAGUUAGUUUGCCUUGGAAUCAGGAACACCAAUAAGAAGGCUUUCCAUAGUAAUCAUACUGGUGUUUUUGGACGCAAUGUUAUGGGAAAUAUGUUGAUUGGUUUUGACAUAGAUAGAGAAGUGGUCUCCUUCAAGCCCACAAAUUGCAUAAAAAUGCCUAGCGUUGGUGGUGCUAAUAUUGCCACUCAUCCCUUUUCCAUUUUCUCCACUUGUCUUUUCUAUUUGCUUUUGAUUGUGAGUCUGUCCUGCUAG